AUGGACACAGACAAGAGCACAGAGAGAGAGCUCAAUACUGGCGGGCAGACCAUCACACAGACAGCUUUAGACUUCUGGAAAGCAGGAGAUCGAGAAAAGAUUGAACUCAGAGACCUGGAAACAUCGAUCCCUGUCUCAGCAUUUAACAACAAUGGUGGCUUGUGGUAUUCACAUUUGAUUGUUGAGAACCCGGUGGACUUUUUCAUCCCGUUUCUGCCUCUGGAGUACCGGCACGUUGUCCAGUGUGCCAUAUCCGAGAUGAGAGACAGAGGAUUUAAGCCAGACCAAAAUGAGGCAGAGAAGAUGGCCAAAGAUUUGGUUUAUUUCCCCGAAACUGAGAGAGUUUUCUCUGUCAAAGGCUGCAAGACGGUACAGAGCAAAUUGGACUACUACAUAAAAUAAUAAUAAUAAUA